AUGCCAGAGUUGGGGAAGAUUGAAGCAAUGAUCAAAAACUUUGCUCAUGCACACAAGGGUGACGCAGAAGGGACUGCCUGCAUUAGGGGGAUGUGCCUGGAAUCAAAUGGAGCAUGGUGGCAGCAAGAAAAGUUGGGGGACAUAGUUGAAAAGGAUGGCAAGUUACAAAGUGAUGGAACUCUAUCGGACUUAGACGAUGCACCAAGCAGGCAAGUCAAGUUUACUAGCAAGGUUGGGACCACGGAGCGCAUCCAAAUAGGGAGUGGAAGCAUGAACCCGAUGCUUGAGAAGCUGCUAGACUUGGUUGAGUCAUGGGGAGAUUCAGGCCAAGAGCAAGGAGAGGCAUCAGAUGAGCGGAGGAUCGAGGCCAUAAUUGUUAGCCGUCUAAAGUACAAACAGGGUAAGAAGAAAGGUGACCGAUACCUUAUGACAUGGGAAUGCGAACCGCUCCAUAGGGCAUCAUGGCUAAUGGAUAAAGAUCUCCGGCGAUGCCAAGGCGAGAGUCUUUUGUUUGCUCAGCUUUGGUCAUUAAAGAGUUGCUCAUCCCUCAGGGAAACCACUUCAGUUAGCCUGUUAAAUUUAAGGAGCAGCUCUUCUGCUAGAGUUUUCUCUCUUAUGAACAUGACCCGCUACUCUACCUAUUCCAAUGAUGAUUCUUUUCCCUCCACGAAGAGGAGGUCUCGCGGACCGAUAAUGGCAGCCAAGAAAAGGUCUGAAGGGACUAAGCAGGAAGAUGGGAAAUACAAGGACACAGUUGAUCUACCAAAGACUGCCUUUGGCUUGCGAGCAAAUUCCACAGUCAGGGAACCUGAACUUCAGAAAAUAUGGGAUGACAACCAGGGCACCUUUGUUCUGCAUGAUGGACCUCCUUAUGCUAAUGGUGACUUACACAUGGGACAUGCUUUAAAUAAGAUCUUGAAGGACAUUAUUAAUCGUUAUAAGCUUCUUCAAAACUUCAAAGUUCAGUAUGUUCCCGGUUGGGAUUGCCACGGCUUACCAAUUGAGUUAAAAGGUAAACUUCGUUGCUUGUGCAGUUUCAGUCAACUUCUUUUAACUUCAGUGUUACAGUCAUUAGACGCUGAUGCCAGAAAAGAGCUUACACCGCUAAAAUUGCGAAACAAGGCAGCCAAAUUUGCAAAAUCAACAGUGCAGAGUCAGAUGGCAUCAUUUAAGCGUUAUGGAGUAUGGGCUGACUGGGAUCAACACUAUCUAACUCUUCAUCCAGAAUAUGAGGCUGCUCAGAUUGAAGUAUUUGGCCAGAUGGCUAUUCAAGGUUUUAUCUACAGAGGCAGGAAGCCAGUUCAUUGGAGUCCCUCAUCUCAAACUGCACUUGCAGAGGCUGAACUGGAGUAUAAUGAGGAGCAUGUGUCAAAGAGCAUGUACGCUAUUUUCAGACUAGUUGAUGUACCAGCUUCAUGUGACUCAUUGAAAGAAUUCUUGCCCAAUCUAUGCUUGGCAAUUUGGACGACGACUCCUUGGACAAUACCAGCUAAUGCUGCUGUUGCAGUAAAUGGUAAGCUUCAGUAUGCCGUCGUUGAAGUUUGCUCAGCAUCGACAGACGAUUCUACAUCUCCCGGGGAUGGAAAGAAGAGGCUUGGAAAUUUCUUGAAGGGCGAUAAAAGCCUAUAUCUUAUUGUAGCUCUGGACCUUGUAUCAGCAUUAGAAGCAAAAUGGGGCUUGAAGCUUGCCUUGAAGAAAACAGUACUGGGUUCGGAUCUUGAAAAUUGCAGAAUACUUGGAGUGUACACCCAUCCUAUAGAUAGCCGGGAAUGCCCUGUUGUCAUUGGGGGUGAUUACAUUACAACAGAGUCAGGAACUGGAUUAGUUCAUACCGCACCUGGUCAUGGACAGGAAGAUUAUGUAACAGGCUUGAAAUACGGCUUGCCUAUAGUUUCCCCUGUUGACGAUGUUGGGAGAUUUACAGAAGAAGCUGGACAAUUUAGGGGGCUCGAUGUGCUUGGCAAUGGCAAUGUUGCUGUUAUUGAUUACUUGGAUGAACAGCUGACACUGGUCAUGGUAGAGCCAUACAAACACAAAUACCCUUACGAUUGGAGAACAAAGAAGCCCACAAUAUUCAGGGCUACUGAACAAUGGUUUGCAUCAGUAGAAGGAUUUCGUGAUGCUGCAAUGGAUGCAAUCAACCAAGUAACUUGGACUCCUACUCAGGCAGUAAACCGUAUUUCUGCUAUGACAUCUGGCCGCUCGGAUUGGUGUAUAUCACGCCAAAGGACAUGGGGAGUCCCCAUUCCAGUCUUUUACCACGUUGAAUCAAAGGAACCACUGAUGAAUGAAGAAACUGUAGAUCAUAUCAAAUCUAUAAUUUCGCAAAAAGGAAGCGAUGCAUGGUGGUACAUGUCAGUGGAGGAAUUACUUCCUGAGAAAUAUCGUGAUAAAGCAUCAAACUAUGAAAAAGGGACUGAUACGAUGGAUGUUUGGUUUGACUCAGGUUCUUCAUGGUCUGCGGUGCUGGACAAAAGAGAUAGCCUUAAUUACCCUGCAGAUUUAUACCUUGAGGGUACAGAUCAACAUCGUGGUUGGUUCCAGAGUUCCUUGCUAACUAGUAUUGCCACUAAAGGCAUGGCACCUUAUCGUGGUGUUAUUACACAUGGAUUUGUACUGGAUGAAAGGGGGUUGAAAAUGAGCAAAUCUUUGGGCAAUGUUGUUGAUCCAAGGAUGGUGAUUGAAGGAGGGAAAAACCACAAGGAAAGUCCUCCAUAUAGUGCUGAUGUUUUAAGGCUUUGGGUUUCAAGUGUAGAUUAUACCGGCGACGUGUUGAUUGGACCUCAAGUCCUUCGUCAAAUGUCUGACAUAUACCGGAAAUUGCGAGGAACACUUCGAUUCCUUCUAGCAAAUCUCCAUGAUUGGAAAGCUGAUUGUGCAGUCCCGUAUAGUGAUCUUCCUGUGAUUGAUCAGUAUGCGUUAUUCCAGCUUGCUAAUGUUGUGAACAACAUCAGAGAGAGCUAUGAAGGUUAUCAGUUUUUCAAAAUAUUUCAGGUGAUUCAGCGCUUUGUGAUAGUUGACCUUUCAAACUUCUAUCUCGAUGUUGCGAAGGAUCGGCUUUAUGUUGGAUUUAUCCAGAAGUGGAAUUUUGGCUCCUUAUCGAACCUGCAAUUUGGUUUGUAG